AUGGUUAAGAAGGCUGUUCACUUCGGCGCUGGCAACAUCGGCCGCGGUUUCGUUGCCUGCUUCCUCCACAACUCCGGCUUCGAGGUCGUCUUCGCUGAUGUCAAUGGCGACCUGAUCAACCAGCUCAAUGAGACCCCCGAGUACCAUGUCAUCGAGGUCGGCUCAGAGGGCACCACCAAGAAUACCAUUUCCAACUACCGCGCCGUCAACUCAAGAACCCACGAGCAGGACCUGAUUGAGGAGAUCCGCACGGCCGAGGUCGUCACAUGCUCUGUUGGUCCCAACAUCCUUAAAUUCAUCGCCCCUGUCAUCGCCAAGGGCAUCGAUCUUCGCUCCAACGAUGCCGAGCCUUUGCACGUCAUUGCCUGCGAGAAUGCCAUUGGCGCCACAGACACUCUUGCCGGCUUCAUCAUCAACAACACCGCCGAGGAUCGCCGUGAGGACCACCACCUCCGCGCUCGCUACGCCAACUCUGCCAUUGACCGCAUUGUGCCCGCGCAAGACCCCAACGCCGGCCUUGACGUAACUCUCGAGAAGUUCUUCGAGUGGGUCGUUGACAAGACUCCUUUCGAGGACGUCGGUAUCCCCGACAUUGUCGGCAUCAACUGGGUCAGCAACCUUGGCCCUUACAUUGAGCGCAAGCUCUUCACUGUCAACACUGGCCAUGCCACCGCUGCCUACCACGGCUACAACCGCAGAAAGCGCACUGUCUUCGAUGCUCUCCAGGACAAGACUAUCCUUGCCGAGGUCCGCGGUGCUCUGCAAGAGACUAAGAACCUCAUCGUAAACAAGCACGGCAUUCCUGAAGAGGAGCAGGAGGCUUAUGUCAACAAGAUCAUCAAGCGCAUUGGCAACCCUCACUUGGAGGAUGCUGUAGAGCGUGUCGGCCGUGCUCCCCUCCGCAAGCUCUCUCGCAAGGAGCGUUUCAUUGGCCCCGCCGCUGAGCUGGCCGAGAAUGGCCAGCCCAUCAAGUACCUCCUCGAUGCCAUCGAGAUGGCCUUCCGCUUCCAGGGCUACGAGGAGGACGAGGAGUCUAAGGAGCUGGAGAAGAUCAUGGCAGACAACAGCGCCGAGGACGUCGUCGCCAAGGUAUGUGGCAUUCAGACCACGGAGAAGAUCUACCCCAGCCUCCUCGAGGUCGUCAAGCGUGUGCAAGACGACGGCCGUGAGGAUUGA